CACGGUUAAGUUGACUGUUGAACAAUUUCCACAAAAAAAUCAAUUGAAUAUUUUUUGAAUGUGCGAAAAGUGAAAUGUUAAUGAAAAAUACCCUAGAUUAUAAUAAAUAAUUUAUGUUAAAAUGGCGAAAAGCCAAAGCAAAGUCUACCUUGGUUACGAAGAAGAAAUAAUCAAUGAAAGGAAUAAAUUGCAGUUAAACUAUACAAUUAAUAAAAUUGGUGGACUGCCUAAUUGGCCCCCGUUAGAAAACAUUCAGUUUUCUACUAAAUGUCCACUGUGCAAUUUACACAGACUUUUGGUAGUUCAAUGCUAUGCCCCCUUAGAUGACUCUGUUUAUCAUCGUACAUUAUAUGUAUUUGCCUGUAUAAAUCCUUCCUGUUGGGUUCAGUCUGAAAGUUGGACAUGUGUACGAAGUCAGAUGCAAGAUGCACCGAGUAAGACUAGUUCAGUUGUAGUUAUGCCAAAUGCAGAAACAAACUUGAGCUGGUGCAGGGGCUCAGAUGAUUGGGAGGAAAAUGACAAUGGUGAUUCGUCAAAUGGAAAUGUUAUGAAUAUUGAUAAUAAUGGCAUGCAAAGAAAUUCUGAUGAGGAAGAUGAAAGCAAUUCAUUUGAAUUGGAAACAGUUGAACAAGGUCUUGAAAAUUUGCAAAUUGAUUCAAAUAAUGCUAAUAUGUCUCCAGUUCAAGGUGCUGUCGGUGAAGUGGCAGCCCCGGUUCCGGCUGCUGAGCUGGAAGAGGAAGAUGAAUCAGGUCUUGUUAUUGCAGAAACACCUACUGUACCAAUGAACAAUAUGGCAUCUCUGUUUACCCAGACGGCAGAACUACCAUCAGAUAUUCGAAGUCGCCUUGUAAGUGGCCCACUGCAAUUUGUUUCUAAAUAUAUUUAUGUAGAAGAAGAAUGGAACAAGGCAUCAAAUGAUGAUGAUAAAGUAACUGAAUUGCUCAACAAAUACAAACGUGACAACGAAAUAGAAGUCGGCAGUGUAGCUGAUCGUGUGGCUGGUGCACCAAGUGAAGAUGAAGCAUACGAAGACGCGACGCCUCUUCAUGGUGACCGGCUGUUCCACGCCUUUCUUACACGUCUCCACGCACAGCCGGGACAGAUUCUACGAUACACCCGAGAUGCACCGCCCCUUCUGGGAGCACCAUUACCAAUAUCAGAAAAUGCGUCGAAUUCUCCAUACAAACCAAGUAUUUGUACGCGCUGCGGUUCAAGACUGAUCUGCGAACUUCAACUCGUUCCUGGAUUUGCAGAUACAUUAUGCUUAUUUCCAAACCAUGUAACCCUGUCACACCUACACUUUCUAUCUGUACUGAUAUUUACAUGUUCCCAAAGUUGCUGGCAACAAAAUGAUAGAUUAGUUGAAGAGAUGGUCAUAUUACAACCAGAAGUCAUUUAAAUAUUGCAACUGUUUCUCUCUAAGCCAAACCUUAGUAUGAGCAUGUUCUUUACAAGCAUUUAUGACAUCUUAAAUAAUAUUUUGAAGGAUAGAGACUGCUACAAUCAUAGCCCUCCUUUGGCUUUGCCGUAGUUAUAAAUAAGACUUAAGAGUAAUUAUCUUAUUUUAUUAUGAUAAUUAUAAUUAUAAAUAGCAUUUAUCUUUCAAUAGUCUCUACAAAUUAUAUUCAAAUGUGUAUCAUAACUAUGCACAAUAUUACGUAGUAAACAUUUAACGUCCUCAAGUUAAGCCUUAUAUUAUUAGUGUGUCCUGUAAAUUAAUCUUUUUUUUUAUUUUGUUUCACUCUUGUUAAUGUAAUAUUAUAUUGUUAUUUUUUUACAAAUUUCAUCUGUGAUUUUAAUAUCUUAUUAUAUAUUACUUUAUUGUUGUAUAUAAAUCAUAGUUUGAUCAGUCUUACAUGGAAAGGCAGCACAUAUCUUGACUUAAUUUUUUGCCUUUGAUAUCGACGUAACAAUCGAAAGGUAGACGAAGACAUGAAUUUGCAUUAUUUGCCAUAUUUGUGCCAAAAAUGGGACAAUAGCCCAAAGGCACGAACACGCUACGCCAAGUGCAGUGCCACCAUAAGAGUAAGGCGAUGAUCUUAUAGCAAAUAUAUUUACAUGUUAAAAAUAUCGUGAAAGAAGGUUCGAUAUCCAUUAAAAACUGGUGUAGUAUAAAUAAGUACCAUGUAUGUGAUGUGAAACAUUGUCUAUGCAUUUAAUAAUAUUACAUUUUGUCCAUAGAUCUUAGAUUUAAAGAAAUACAUAAUUAUAAUAGAUAUGCUAUCUAUUUAUAUUGAACAAACUUCAGCUUAUUUUAUGAAACAACAUUAUAUUUUCUUGCAUAUUUAAAUAAUUAAAUUUUUAAUAUAUUGUGCAAAAAUUGCUUAGAAUUUUCUGAUUACAUGAUACCAUAAUUUAAG